GCGUAAAUUACCUUAUCCGCCAAUGGAAUGGUAGCUGAACGUCUCUGCUAAACAGAUCAUUUCUUUGUCGUAUAUAAAGUUUCAUAAUUUGUUUUUGAUUCAAAUUGUAAACAUUAUAUGUGAAAUUUCUUUUCAUUUACUAAAUUGAUUUCCUUACCAUCAAAGUUUUAUAAAAUUUAACAGCUGUUAGGUUUACACCUACUGCUUUAAUCUUUUAAAAGAUAUCAAGGAGGCAACGUGUUUUCGUUGACGGUCUACGCAUAUAGCGUCAAGAUUCCGAAGUUAAAAUAUGUCCGUGGCAUUCGAAGAGUCAAGGUAAACAAUCAGAAAUAUGAAAGAAAAUGGCCCAGAUGAUGAGCAUUCCUUGGGAAGAGCUCCUGACAGAGAGUAUGAUGGACCACCUGGAAUGGAACCAGAUGGUGUCAUUGAGAGUAACUGGGAGUAUGUUGUUGACAAUUUUGAUGAUAUGAAUUUACGGGAAGAACUUUUGCGUGGUAUAUAUGCAUAUGGUUUUGAAAAGCCUUCAGCUAUACAACAGAGGGCAAUUAUCCCAUGUAUUAAAGGUCUUGAUGUAAUAGCUCAAGCACAAUCUGGAACAGGAAAAACAGCAACAUUUUCUAUUGCCAUUCUGCAAAAAAUUGAUACUAGUCUUAGAGAAUGUCAAGCUCUCAUACUAGCUCCAACUAGAGAGUUAGCUCAGCAGAUACAAAAAGUCGUCAUUGCUCUUGGUGAUUAUAUGAAUGCACAGUGCCAUGCUUGUAUUGGAGGAACUAAUGUUAGAGAAGAUAUUCGUAAAUUAGAAAUGGGUGUUCACGUAGUUGUAGGAACACCUGGUCGAGUGUUCGAUAUGAUCAGUAGAAAAGCAUUAAGAACAGAUCAUAUCAAAAUAUUUGUGUUAGAUGAGGCAGAUGAAAUGCUUUCUAGAGGAUUUAAGGAUCAAAUUUAUGAUGUGUUUACUACCCUCAACUCUAGUAUCCAGGUUAUUUUGCUUUCUGCUACAAUGCCAGUUGAUGUUUUGGAAGUUACUAAAAAAUUUAUGCGUGAACCAGUUCGUAUUUUAGUUAAGAAAGAAGAAUUAACUUUGGAAGGCAUAAAGCAAUUUUACAUAUCAGUAGAAAGAGAGGACUGGAAACUUGACACACUUUGUGAUUUAUAUGAAACUUUGACUAUCACACAAGCUGUGAUAUUUUGCAACACUAGACGAAAAGUAGAUUGGCUUAUGGAGAAAAUGCAUAGUCGUGAUUUUACAGUGUCUGCUUUGCAUGGUGACAUGGACCAAAAAGAAAGAGACGUCAUUAUGCGGGAGUUUCGCUCUGGAUCUAGCCGUGUUCUUAUUACUACAGAUUUGUUAGCUAGAGGAAUAGAUGUGCAACAAGUUUCACUAGUUAUAAAUUAUGACUUGCCUACGAAUAGAGAAAACUAUAUUCACAGGAUUGGCAGGGGUGGCCGGUUUGGGCGUAAAGGUGUUGCAAUUAAUUUUGUAACUGAAGAUGAUAAAAGAACCUUGCGAGAUAUUGAGCAGUUUUAUAAUACGCAAAUUGAAGAAAUGCCAAUGAAUGUUGCUGAUUUAAUUUAAAUGAAUAAAAUAGUGCAUUGAGAUUAUAAUUUUAUGUAUCUUUAUUCUAUACUGGACAUUUUCAUACUGAUAUGCAAGCGUAUGAACUGAUUUAGCAGCGAUCAAAAUAAAUUAUUUUGAUAGCUGUAUUUUUUACCUAAUGUCAUUUUGGAAACAAAAACUUUUAUGCAUACGACUUCCAUGUAUAGUUUAAAGUAAUUGUAUAUUUAACAAAUUCAUUAUUAAUGCUUAUAAGGCACAGAUUUGAAUUGAAUUAUGAUAUACUGUACACUGUGCUUGUGAUUUCAAAGUUUCAGACUUUGUUUUAUAAACAUUUAAAUGUUUGUUAAAUUGUUAUAUUUUACAAAUAAUAGACUUAGUGGUAGAUAUUUUUGCAUAUUUUUAUCUGCCCCAAUAUAUAAUUUCUCUGUGACACGCAAAAGUGUGGCCUGUUGUGACAGUUACAUAUUAUGCUUGUGCUUAUUUAGUGAUUGUUUUAUGUAUCAUAAAACUGCAAAAGCAGUUAAAAGUCUUAUGAUUAUGUUCAUAAAAUAUUUCUUGUUGUUUAUGAUUUUACUUUGCUCAUUUUCAAAAUAUGAUUUUAAAAAAUGUUUGUCCAAAGUUUUACAUUUGUUAAUAUUUUAUUUUGUUGAUUUAUUUCAUAGCUAGUUAUAAGAAUUAAUGUUAUGCAAACUCCUAUUGAAAUUCUUACCCAUUGCCGAUUUGAAAAUGAAAUUUUAAUUUAAAAAAAGUUCAUAAUUUUAAUUAAUAAUAACUGUUUCUAAGCAUUUCUUUGAAUAAAAUUUUAUUAGGUUUUCUUAUCAUAGAAUGAUAGAAAUUGGAGUUGGAAAAAUAUUCACAAUUAAUUUAAAAUUUUAUAAUGAUGUUUUCUCUGCAAUCUACAAAAUGUCAUAGUUAAUUCCAAUUAUUUAAUGUUUUUGGUUAUUUAUGUUUGUUUAAGUAUAGUUUUGUAAUGCUUUUAUUGCAAAUUGUUUUCCUUCUUUAAAAAGUUAUUUAUUUUAUAUUAAAAUUAAAAAUUUAAGUGACUAAAUUUUAAGAUCUUAUUUAUUGAAUUGCUAAAAAAAAAAGUUGAAUAACUUUCCCUUACUGUUCUAACCUUUUUCAUUUUUAUUCAUUGAAAUUUGUGGUUAAACCGAAUCAUGACAAUUAUUAGUUAUUUAUUACAACAGGCUCAAUUUUUUUUCUUCUAUUCUAUAAAAAAUGUACAAAUUUAUAAAAUAUUUCAGGUAUGAGAGUAUGAUAAACAUUUUUGAGUUUAAUUUUAUCUUCGAAUUUUUUAAUGUAAUGAUUAUUUUCAGUCUGCAUUGUUUCUAUCCGCCAGGUAUUAUGCCUAUUUUAAGCCAUUUAAUACAAAUGAACCAACUUAUUUGAUGCAGUAGAACCCUGCUUAUCUGAUGCACUUCCUAAGAUAUUUAUUAUCUAAUUGCAUUUCUAUACUUUUUUUAAAAAAUCUUUUUGGGUUAUUUGAAUCACAUUGUGAUGAUGAAUCCGAAAACUGGCUGCUAAAAAUCUACGGUGAUACAGAAAACAGAAAAGUACAAGUUUUUCUUCUAUAUUGUUUAUAAUAAAAAAAGUAAAAUAAUUUUUUUAAAAAAAAGAAAGAAAGACAGGAAAAAAACUUCAUUAUAGUGUCUAUUUUAUUUGAGUAAUUUUACUCUUAGGUUAAUGUUUAUAAAUUCGAAAAGGUCUCUUGACAAAAUGUGCUCUUUGCCCUGAAGGGGUCGAUUAAUCAGUUUUACUGUAUUCAUAAAUAGAAUUCUUUCUUUUAUUCAAUCCCAACGAUGGCUAGUCAAAGCUAUUUUCUGUGUAUAGUCAGCUUUGUUUGGCCUUGCUAGAGUCACAGACAAUUAUUACAUUAAGAUAACAGUGCUGCAUAAAAUUCUGUUACUGUGAUUGUCUGUAAUACAUUAAUUUUUGAGUGGUUAAUAUGUCCCUGGUUUCAUUUUCUCUGGUGACUCCGAAUUAAAUUCGAAGUAAAACCUAUAUAGAAGUAUGGGGAAAAAAUUUGAACUUUUAUUUUUGAAGGUAGUGGGGAAGUUUGUAAAAUGAUGUAUAUAUAUAUACUUGUUUUUAAAUAGUUACACAUUUUAUAAGUGCAUUGACUUAUUGUUAAUUUGUAAUUUGCAUAUUGUAUAUUCACUUUUUUUGUUUAUAGAUAUUUGUCGUUUGUAGUUCCUAUCUAUAAUCACGUUAAUGACUUUGUAUAGUUACGAUUGUUUUUUCUUGUGUUCAACCACAUCUCAUUGAUGCUUUUCAAUUAUCUACUCGGUUUGUAAGAAGAUUUUUGUGACCAGGUCAGAAGAUGUUGCAAAAAAAAAUAUAUAUAAGUCAGCAUUAAAUUGCUUUUAUAAAAUGUGCCUCUUAUAACAAGGGAUAUUAAUUUUAAAAAAAAAAAUUAUUUGUCAUUUUAAAUCGCUUACUUCCAAGUCCUGAUUCAAUUGAAUCCUGGAUGAAAUGAUUUGAGUGCUAUUUGGUUUUUAAGUUAAAAAAUCUAUUAGGAGCAGAUCUUGGAUUCAACAAUGAAUUUUUUAUAUAACUCGUUUAAAAUUAUAUUAUUGAUGCUGUCAGAAAAAAAAAAGUAUUUAGACUAAAUAUUUAGACUGUUCCUUUUGAAUGGAAAAGAGUUUUAAACUUCCUUAAAUUCAGAUUGUUUCAAAAUUGUAUGUAGAUAAGCAAUUAAAAAUAGCAAUAUUAGGUCCCUCAUGUGUCUGGUUAUGUGUUGCAUUAGCAGUUGUACUAAAGGAAUAUAGCCUUAUAAUAGUUAAAUAUGAAAUUGUGUGUCACAACAAUAAGUAAAUAAAAUAAGGAUAACAAAAGAUAGCCAUUAUUGAACAUUUUGCUGUAUAUUAUAACUUUUAUAUCCAAUAAUUUCAGCCAAUUUAUGUUAAAUGAGCGAAUCAACUUAGUCCUCAUGUUCUUGUUACAACAAAUUUGACUGUAUUUAUUUAUUGCAUCUAAUCAUAUUACCUAAAGUGAAGAGUGAAACAUAUGCAUUUUCCAAACAGGAAUAUCAUUAAAUCAUAAGAUCAAAUUAAUUAUUUCAAAAAAAAUUUUUAGAUGCAUGGUUUAUUCAUAUUUUAUUUUAGACUAAGAAUGAUUGUUUUGUUCAUUUUUUUUCUUCUUAAAUUUUAAACAAUCUAUUCAAUACAAUAAGAAAACUUGUUGUAACUUUGUGAAUAGGAAAUUUCGUUGAAACCUUUUAGUCUUUAUCCAAAUUUAUUACUCAGUUUUAAAAAAUAAAAAAGGUGCUAAUUGAAAUUUUUAAGUACCAUCUAUUAGUAUUUAAAAUGAUUUUGUGGCUAUCCAAAUAAAAUAACUUAAUUCUUGGUAAGAAUUAAUCUGCUUACAAACCGACAAUAUUAUAUAUUGAAUUCAUUUUAGACUUUGAUGUCUGACUAAUUGAAAGUAAGUUAAUUCUUUUGUGAACAUGCCAAAUUAAGUUACAAAUAAGUAUGUAGGUUUUACCUUGUGGAUUGCUGAAUUUGAGGAUUUUACCAUGAACUUGUUAAUAAUAUGUAUUUGUAUAAAUUCAAAUGAUUUGGAGAUAAAUUUUGUGCUGACAAUGAUUUCACCGAGACCAAAAAUUUUUAUACUUAUUUUGAAGUAUUGAAAAGUAAAUAUAAAUAUUACUUAUGAUUAUAUCUUUGAACUAAUAUGUGAGUUAUGAGUGCAGUUGUUAAUACUUUUAAAAUGUUUGCUCUUUUGUUUAAGAAUUUUUAAAUAAAAUAUGAAGAAAAUA